CGGGUAUCGCGCACGUAGCCCACCGUCGUUGCCGCGGCGCCGUUAUCGCUCCUCGCGUCACAGAGAUGACGAGAGCGCCCGCUGUCGUCGCCGCCUGGUGCAGUUAGGCAGCGCAGCCCACCGCCGCCCGCCAUGGCCCCCGUUCGCGUGUUGGACGUGGCCCUACGGGUGCGCCGCUACGUCACCCAGCGAGCACGCGGCAGGGACGCCAGCGCGGAGAGGCGACCGUCGACGCCGGUGAGUUGGCCAGCUGGCCCGCACCCGGCAGGCAUGCUUUUAUCGCGGUCGCCGCUGACAGUGCGCGGGAGGAUCUCGCGGUGUUCUCUCGAGGAUAGCUCUCGACUUUUGUUUCGCGGAGUGCUUGUGCAGUGUUGAUAAGGAGUUAAGUUGCGAGUGGCCUUAGCUAUGUGGGUGAUAGUUGUUGCGGACGUUAAGGAGGCUUAUGAGAUUGGAGAAGUGGAUUUCUGUGAAGAGGAUGACGUCUACGAUUCAUCCAACGAGCAACUCAAAGAUGCCUUGGGGGAAGUCGUCGCCGAAAUGGAGAACAUGGAUACGGGAGACGAAAGCAAAAACAAUACCAAAACGAAGCAAAUGUCCAUCGGGCGUAAGAAAUUCAACAUGGACCCGAAGAAGGGCAUCGAAUACCUGAUAGAGCACGGGUUGCUGAAGAGCACUGCCGAGGACGUGGCGCAGUUCCUCUACAAAGGAGAAGGCCUGAACAAAACGGCCAUUGGCGACUACCUGGGCGAGAAGAACGACUUCAACGAGAAGGUGCUAAAGGCGUUUGUGGAGCUCCACGACUUCACAGACCUCAUCCUGGUGCAGGCACUCAGGCAAUUUUUAUGGAGUUUUCGUCUUCCUGGUGAAGCGCAAAAAAUUGACCGUAUGAUGGAGUGUUUUGCACAGCGCUAUUGUCAGCUCAAUCCCAAUAUUUUCACAAACACUGAUACCUGUUAUGUAUUGUCAUUUGCAAUAAUAAUGCUGAACACAAGUUUGCACAAUCCUAGUGUAAAAGAAAAGCCUACAGUGGAGCAGUUUAUCUCAAUGAAUCGAGGGAUCAACAAUGGAGGAGAUCUCCCUCAAGAGCUGCUUACUAGUUUGUAUGAGAGUAUAAAGACUGAACCGUUUAAAAUCCCUGAAGAUGAUGGUUGCGAUUUGAUGCACACUUUCUUUAAUCCUGAUAAAGAGGGUUGGCUUUGGAAACAAGGUGGACGCUAUAAAAGCUGGAAGCGACGUUGGUUCAUUCUCAAUGAUAACUGUCUAUACUACUUUGAAUAUACUACAGACAAAGAACCUAGAGGAAUUAUUCCUCUUGAAAACAUUCAAGUGCGUGAAGUUACGGAUCGCCACAAGCAUCAUUGUUUUGAACUUUAUGCCAGUGGAUCAGACUUCAUUAAAGCAUGUAAAACAGACAGUGAAGGGAAAGUUGUAGAAGGGAAACAUACUGUGUAUCGUAUGUCUGCAGCUACUCCAGAGGAUAAGGAUGACUGGAUUAAAUGUGUCAGGCAAAGCAUCAGUCAUAAUCCAUUCUACGACAUGUUGGCGGCUCGCAAGAAGAAAGCUCAGAAGAAUAGUGCUCACCACUCCAAGAGCUAAGACUUGUUUUGUGUUAGUUUGUGUUUCAUUCUGUAGUUGCGAGUGCUAGCCACGAGCGUGUCGUUAUUUUUUAUCCAGCGUGAUAUCAAAACAUUUUCUUGUUACAAUUUGCUGCGAGUUCUCUGUAUUUUUAAAGAAAGUUAUUUUGGCCAAGACAAUUUUGGCUUUUGGUAAGCUUAUUUUCAGACUGUUGAAGUUGCUGAAAUGCAACUUAUUAGCUCUUGAAAUAGUGUGAGUGAGUGAGUCUUUUAUCAGUGCUAGUGCAGUGUACAUACAAUGAAUGAGUGCAAGUGAAGAUCUUGAUUAUUAGCACGCUAAAUGGAUAAUAUCACCUAGUAGGAAAGUAUUAAAAUUUGAGUAACCUACUGGAGAUUAUUUAGUCUUAGACUAUUGGCAGGUUGUUUUGCUGUUCCACAUGUCGGGAAUCAUUGCAGUGGCAUCAAAGAUGCAAGUACUCUGUACUUCCAUGCCAUAAUUUACAGUGUUCACAUCAUUUAUUUUGGCAUAUUUGUUUUUUCAAGGAUUAUGUAUGUUAUAGGCUUUAGUUUUCAGUUUCUUUAUCUGUCAUAAAAGAAACGGAAAACUUUUUCUAACCUUUGUGGUUUGUGUUGAGUGAUGUUCAAAGUGUUUCCAGCCUUGUUGUGGACCAUUACAUGUAAGGCUGUGUUAUUGGAGAACAAGAAUUACGUGACAUCAGUUUGACACAGAAAGCUCAACACUUAAACACUUUUUCUCUUGAUACCAAAGAUUUGUGAUUCCAAGUGCACUUGUAUCUUACCAUCUUCUUUAUAGGUUGUAAGGAACUGAAGGAAAAGGUGCUUAAUUUGGUCCAAAAUAACAAAAUUGUGUGCAGAAUAAAAGGGAAUUAUUUUUUCCCUAUUUGGUGGGAAGAUGUUAAAUUGGAAGACGCAGCUCUUUGUUGUGAAAUAACCUGCAAAGUAGAUGGUUUGAACACAGUUGUGAAAUGCUUCCAAGUUUUGUAGCUGUAUUUUGAUUCCUAUUGAACAUACAGUGUACAAAGUUUCUGUCUGAAUAUUGAUCACGUAAUGCAUUUGUAAUAAGCGUUAUUAAAUCCCAGCAAUAUCUCUAGUAUUGAUAUCUUACAUUGUGUAACUGAUUUGUAGAAGUUGUUUGUUUUUCCUGUUGCUUGCGGUUUUGUCUUAACAACGAAAUAACCAGAAAUAUUAAAGAUCUGAUAAUUCGUAUAAGUUAAUCAGUGUAAAAUAGUUCACUCUCUCUCCUGCCAGUUUUAAAUAGUUGAAGAAUAGAAUGUGCCUGGUGCAACUGAGCACUUGUUUAAUAAAUGGCACAACUUUAGAUUUGUAAAUAAAUUAGCAGUUGGGAAGACAAUAGUCUUCAGAAAUUCAUGAUGCUGGAGACACCUUGCUAAAGAAUUAAAUUUAUAUUUUGAUACAAAAGGUACCGUUAGAAAAUAUAGUAAUCUCGUGUAGAAAAUUUGUGCUCUUAGCUAAUGGUUCAUACCUGUUUUCUGGAUUAUUUCUAAACCAAAUCAAAUGGCUACACACUGAUGUUCCUUGUACAAAUUUUGCCCAAAUUUGAAAAAUUAAAAAAAAAUUUUGGAGCAUAGAGUAACACGCUCAGCUUCAUUUAUGUCAAAAAUAAAUGUUUCUCAGUAAAUUCUACGAGGUUUUAUAUAGAGAUUUUCAAAUUUGUUGAUGCAUUGUUAAGUCAGUUUUAUUGCUGAUCACAUAGUUUGUUCUGCACAACACUGUAAAUUCAGAAGACCAGUAGUGUAACAAAAUGAGUGCGGAUCCACCCACAAAAAAUUUAUCUGGGUCUCCUUUACAAAAGUGUAACACUAACACAAGUAGUGUUACUACCUUAAAUAAUGAAAAUAUCCCCUAAAAACUGGUUCUUUUACUCAAGGCACUCUCACAUUGUGGGCCUUGCAGGCCCGAACAUUACACUUCUGGAGAAGACCAAUAUUUUGAUUAGAAGUUAUGUGCAGCAUGUAAAUUGCACUUAUUUUCUAUUACAUCAGUGUGUUCUCAUUUCUGAUUGAUCCCUUAUUGCAUCCUUCAACUUGCACUGAAGUGAACAAUUGGCAUUUAACAAUGCAAUGAAUAUGAACUUAUUGCAGCUGGGCUGCAUUAUGUUAAUUCUUUUUUGAAUCACACUCAACUACACUGAGUCCCUUUCAAUGGGGGUGUGUCCAAAGAUCUCUGCUACUAAUAUUUUGGGUGGCAGGCCUUCUUAACUUUUCUUGUGAGUUGAUCAUUCAUAGAGAGAGGAAAAUGUCAAACUAUGGCAUGAAAUCACUUGUGGCCAAAUGGUAGAAUUUACCACUGAAUUUCAAGUGCAUGUUAUCUCCUUUUCUCUUUGUGUGUUGUGCUUGUCAUGUGGAGUUUCUGAAUUGUAAAAGGGGAUUAUGAAGAUCCCUGUGUGUGUUAUCUACCGAAUAUCAAAAAUACGCAAGUAGCUAAUUAAAAAGAAUUUUCUCUUCAUUGAAUGUAUUUACUUAAUUAAAAAUUGUACAUCCAUCCCAGUUAAAGGGCACAAGGGUAGAGUGCCAUCUUUUAUGGAGUACUUAGUCUUUUAUUCGGUGUUAUACAAGGAUGGUUACUUGCAUUCUGGCGAUCCUCAUUAUUGUACAAUAUCUGAAGGUGCAGUAAACCAAUGGGUGUUGUACAGUGAACCUUGUCCUACCUCUGGUAUGAUGGUUUUUUUUUAUGAAAGGCUGUAUGUGUGUGAAGAUAAUUCAUGAAAAUCACUAUUUAAUUUUUAUGCGGGCAAGACAUUCUCUUGUGCCUCAAAUAUUGUGGCAAGCUACUAAUUUGACUUUAAGCCUUUCUGUGCAUUUGUUGCACAAUGGAAUGUUUUGUAUGUGCAUUAAAUUUUGAAACCUUUUCACAGUAUUGCAUUUAAGAUAAGUUUUGGCACAAAAUAGAACUUAAUUAUUUUCAGAAUAGCUUUCAUUUUUCCUCAAAUUUGUAAAAGGUGCAGCGCUGCUCUUAACAAAGUAAGCAAUGAUUGGAUUAAAGUAUCGAGAGCACAACAAAAAAUAAAUCUGAAAAUGUUUGCCUUAUGGCUGCAGUUACCUGCAUUCAUAGGUGAUUUGUUCUAAAAAUGUGUGAAAGUUUAGCAUUGCAUAUGCUGCAGGGGUUAUAGGUCAGGACACAUGCAGGCAACAAUUUUAGGAAGUUUGCAGUCUCCACCUCCCAUCUUUGUCUUGAGUCAUGAAGGUAUUCUUCUUCUGAUUGUUUGUGCAACUUGUGAAAUCUUUUUAUACUCGAAGAAUGUGGUUUUUAAUAGAAAAUAUGUUUAUAAAAAUAUUUUGCGUAAUCUAUUCGUGUAUAUAUUUUCCUGUACAUUUUAAUCUAUUUUUAUCAUGUUGGUAUAUGAAUCACAUUGCUGUAAACAUUAUAGUAUCUUUUUGCUAAUUCUGAUUAUUAUUGCAUAUCAGUCAUAAUUGUAGGAAAUAAUUGUAGUUGUCUUUAUUUAUGAAAUAACUUUGCACCAUCAAGUGCCUCUAAUAAAAUUGUAAUUACUCUCUCUUGUUCCAAGUUGGCAUCUAGUCCAUGUAUGCACCAGCCUAUUUGGGUACUCCUCAGAACUGUAAAUUUGCUUCUUCUUUUUUUUAAAAAAACAAAACCUUUUUGUACAAGAUCUCUCAUGAACCUCAUUUUUGUGCAAAACUUGAUGAUGCUAAGUUUCAUGUUGUUUCUGUAAUCUAUUUAUUUUAACCAUUGUAAAAUCUUAAACACCGUCAGUACUGUGUAUAAAUCCAUCAUAAUGCAAUGCAAAUAAAAAAAACAUUAAAUU